AUGGCUGACGUUAUGAGCUUAAAUGGUACAAACAAUGUAGCGGUUGUGGGCGGCUUAAAUGUUCUAGAUAAUGCAGAAGUAACGCGUCCCACCUCAGAGUCCGAAGAUGUUGGAAAUGGGAUUGCUCAACUGAAAAGAACUAAACGUUCGAAACCGAACCAAAAUAACGUUACAAAGGUCAUUGAUGUAAUUGCUAGAGAGGUAGCAAAAAACUUUGAGCUGUUUCUUGAAAAUUAUAACGAACCUUUACCAGAAGGUGAAAGCGACGUUUACGAUGAUUCCUCACAAAUUUGGUAUCCUUAUCUUGAGCAAAUCGUAAAGUUGCGACAUCAAAGAAAGCAUACGAUUUACGUGGAUUUUAAGAAACUUCAACUUAAUACAAGACUUUCCACUUGGCAAGCAAUCCGACAACAUUAUCAUAGAUGUGAACCUUUUCUACGUCAGGCAGUUCGAGAUCUCGUAGCAAAAUAUGAUGAAGCGUAUCUUUACAAAGCACCGAUUAUGGACAUCAAAUUGGAUAAUCAACCUCUACGUGAAUUUUGGGUUGCUUUUUACAAUAUCCCGGCGCCACUAUGUAUCCGUGAAUUGAAGAGUGUCACGAUUGGACAAUUGAUAAAAAUUCAGGGAACUGUGACGAGAACUAGUGAAGUUCGACCCGAAUUACUAUACGGAACUUUUGUAUGUGAUGCGUGUAAAAGCAUCGUGAAACAUGUCGAACAGCAAUUUAUUUAUACAGAACCUAAAAUGUGCCAAAAUCCUACCUGUGCAGCACAAAAGGCCUGGUCUUUAGACGUUGAACAAUCCAAUUUUAUCGAUUGGCAACGAGUUCGUAUACAAGAAAAUCCCGAAGAGAUACCUACUGGUAGUAUGCCAAGAACACUUGAAGUCAUUCUCCGAAAUGAAAUGGUCGAAAGGGCAAAACCUGGACAAAGAUGUUACUUUACCGGAACUUUGAUUGCAAUUCCUGAUAUUAAUCAACUUGGAGUUCCAGGCUCUACGGCAGAAAUUCAACGUGCCGCGCGUACUAGAACAUCAGAAGGAUACGGAAAUACUGGUAUCACUGGAUUAAAAGUUCUAGAAGAAGAAAAUACCGAAGAGGAAUUCCUAAAAACUUUGUCGCAUCAAGAGUUAGAAGAGUUACAUGAUUUAUUACAACAUCCAAAUCUUUACCAUUCACUUGUGAGAAGUAUCGCCCCCGCUGUAUUUGGUCACGAAAUAAUAAAGAAAGGAAUUCUGCUUCAAUUGCUGGGUGGAGUGCAUAAAGUCACUAUGGAAGGAAUAAAUUUGAGAGGGGAUAUCAAUGUCUGUAUUGUCGGAGAUCCUAGUACAAGCAAGAGUCAAUUUCUAAAAUACGUAUGCUCUAUUCAUCCAAGGGCCGUCUACACUUCUGGAAAAGCCUCAAGUGCAGCCGGUCUGACUGCAGCUGUUGUUAAAGAUGAAGAAAGCGGGGAAUUUACCAUUGAAGCUGGCGCAUUAAUGUUGGCAGAUAACGGUAUUUGUUGUAUUGAUGAGUUUGAUAAGAUGGACAAAAAGGAUCAGGUUGCCAUUCAUGAAGCAAUGGAACAACAGACUAUUUCUCUUGCUAAAGCUGGGAUUCAUGCAACUUUAAAUGCGCGGACAUCCAUCUUAUCGGCAGCAAAUCCAAUUGGAGGUCGAUACAAUAGACGAUACACAUUAAGGCAAAACAUUGCCAUGUCGGGUCCAAUUAUGUCUCGUUUCGAUCUCUUCUUUGUAGUAUUGGACGAUUGUAAUCCGGAAUCGGACAAACAGAUUGCUCAACAUAUUUUAAAUGUCCACACGCAUAAAGACGCAGUUCUGAAUCCCGAAUUCACUACUGAACAAAUUUUAAGAUUCAUUCAAUUGGCGAAAACACGCAAGCCUAAAUUUACCGAUGAAGCUUCCGAGUUGAUCAAGAGGAUGUAUGUGCAGUUACGAGAAGGAGAUUCCCGUGGAUCUGGUACAAAUUCAUAUCGAAUCACUGUAAGACAACUUGAAAGUUUGAUUCGAUUAUCCGAGGCUAUCGCUAGAGCUUAUUUAUCAGACGAGAUUAAACCAGUAUAUGUGAAGGAAGCUUGCUGGCUUCUCAAACAAUCCAUCAUUCGCGUGCAACACGACGAUGUUCAGUUAGAUGACGACGAAAUGGAAGAGGAAAGAAAUACUGAAAUUGUGAGACCAGAAGAAAUACUUCAAGGAGAAAAUGUAAAUAUUGACGCAAUGGAAACGGAUAAUGACGGAUCUGCUACUUCUGCUGCUGAUCAAGACACUACCAUCACUGAUACGCAACCGAAUACAAACAAUGCAAAGCCACCUCCAAUGACCAUGACAUGGGAAGAUUUUAAUCAACUCAAAAAUAUAGUACUUUCGCGGAUUCAUGAGGCUGGUGGAUGGAUUGGUGAGUCGGAAUUGGUUGUUUGGUAUCUAGAAUCAAUGGAAGACCAGAUGCGUACAGAACAAGACAUGGAAACGGAACAAUUAAAGUUUAAACGUGUAAUAAGGAAAUUAUUACGGGAAAAAUAUUUACUCGAGAUCGAAGAAGAUGAAAGAAGCACAAAGUCCUAA